CCUUUGGCUGGGUGCAACUUCCAUUUUAGGUGUUGGAUCUGCGAGGAAAAAAAAAAAAGAGAGAGAGGGAGAGAGAGAGAGAAAGAAGAGCAGGAAAGAUCCUGAUCCUGAAAGGAGGAAGAAGUGGCGAAAAACCAACUACCCUGCUGGAUCUGUCUUUCUCAGCACAUUGACGAAGCCUUGGGUUUCUUUCUUAAAGGACUGGGUUUUAGAAGUCCACCUCUGAGCUCUCUCCUUCCUGCUUCCUCCUUGCUGUGGUGGCUGGGAUGCUUCUCCCAUGAUUUUUUGAAUCUAGACUGGGCUGUUCUCUGUGUUAAGCCAAUCAAUUACGACCUUCUCUUAACAGUGUGAAGUGAGGGGGGCCUUCUCCCUCCUUGCUCCUCCCUCUGUGAUCCACACCUUCCUUUUUACCCUGCCCUGCGGCGGCUCCGCCCCUUACCUUCAUGGACGACUCAGAGGUGGAGUCGACCGCCAGCAUCUUGGCCUCUGUGAAGGAACAAGAGGCCCAGUUUGAGAAGCUGACCCGGGCGCUGGAGGAGGAACGGCGCCACGUCUCGGCGCAACUGGAACGCGUCCGGGUCUCACCACAAGAUGCCAACCCCCUCAUGGCCAACGGCACCCUCACCCGCCGGCAUCAGAACGGCCGGUUUGUGGGCGAUGCUGACCUUGAGCGACAGAAAUUUUCAGAUCUGAAACUCAACGGACCCCAGGAUCACAGUCACCUUGUGUAUAGUACCAUUCCCAGGAUGCAGGAGCCAGGGCAGAUUGUGGAGACCUACACGGAGGAGGACCCGGAGGGAGCCAUGUCUGUUGUCUCUGUGGAGACCUCUGAUGAUGGAACUACUCGGCGCACAGAGACCACAGUCAAGAAAGUGGUGAAGACUGUGACAACACGGACAGUACAGCCAGUCCCUGUGGGACCAGAUGGGCUGCCUGUGGACGCCUCGUCAGUUUCUAACAACUAUAUCCAGACUCUGGGUCGUGACUUCCGCAAGAAUGGCAAUGGGGGACCUGGUCCCUACGUGGGGCAAGCGGGCACUGCUACUCUUCCCAGGAACUUCCACUACCCUCCUGAUGGAUAUAGCCGCCACUAUGAGGAUGGUUAUCCAAGUAGCAGUGACAACUAUGGCAGUCUGUCCCGGGUGACCCGUAUUGAGGAGCGGUAUCGGCCAAGCAUGGAAGGUUACCGGGCACCUAGUAGACAGGAUGUCUACGGGCCCCAGCCCCAGGUUCGGGUAGGUGGGAGCAGUGUGGAUCUGCAUCGUUUUCAUCCAGAGCCGUACGGGCUAGAGGACGACCAGCGUAGCAUGGGCUAUGAUGACCUGGAUUACGGCAUGAUGUCCGAUUACGGCACUGCCCGUCGGACGGGGACGCCCUCUGACCCUCGCCGACGACUCAGGAGCUAUGAAGACAUGAUUGGUGAGGAGGUGCCGUCCGACCAGUACUAUUGGGCUCCUCUGGCCCAGCAUGAGCGGGGAAGUUUAGCAAGCUUGGAUAGCCUGCGCAAGGGAGGGCCGCCACCCCCCAACUGGAGACAGCCAGAGCUGCCGGAGGUGAUAGCCAUGUUAGGGUUCCGCCUGGAUGCCGUCAAGUCUAAUGCAGCAGCGUACCUGCAGCACUUGUGCUAUCGCAAUGACAAGGUGAAGACCGAUGUUCGGAAGCUCAAGGGGAUCCCAGUACUGGUGGGAUUGUUAGACCACCCCAAAAAGGAAGUGCAUCUUGGAGCCUGUGGAGCUCUCAAGAAUAUCUCUUUUGGACGUGACCAGGAUAACAAGAUCGCCAUAAAAAACUGUGAUGGUGUUCCCGCCCUUGUGCGCUUGCUCCGAAAGGCUCGUGAUAUGGACCUCACUGAAGUCAUUACCGGAACCCUGUGGAAUCUCUCAUCCCAUGACUCAAUCAAAAUGGAGAUUGUGGACCAUGCUCUGCAUGCUUUGACAGAUGAGGUGAUCAUCCCGCAUUCUGGUUGGGAGCGGGAACCUAAUGAAGAUUGCAAGCCGCGCCAUAUUGAGUGGGAGUCGGUGCUCACCAACACAGCUGGCUGUCUUAGGAAUGUCAGCUCCGAGAGGAGUGAGGCUCGCCGGAAACUUCGGGAAUGUGAUGGUUUAGUGGAUGCCUUGAUCUUCAUUGUGCAGGCUGAGAUUGGGCAGAAGGAUUCAGACAGCAAGCUUGUGGAGAACUGCGUUUGCCUUCUUCGGAAUUUGUCGUACCAAGUUCACCGGGAGAUCCCACAAGCAGAGCGUUACCAAGAGGCACCUCCUAACGUUGCCAACAAUACUGGGCCACAUGCUGCGAGUUGCUUUGGGGCCAAGAAGGGCAAAGAUGAGUGGUUCUCCAGAGGGAAAAAACCCACAGAGGAUCCAGCGAACGAUACAGUGGACUUCCCCAAAAGAACUAGUCCUGCUCGGGGCUAUGAGCUUUUGUUUCAGCCAGAGGUGGUUCGGAUAUAUAUCUCCCUCCUCAAGGAGAGCAAGACUCCUGCUAUCCUGGAAGCCUCGGCGGGAGCCAUCCAGAACUUGUGCGCUGGGCGCUGGACGUAUGGCCGAUACAUCCGCUCUGCUCUACGUCAAGAGAAGGCUCUUUCUGCCAUUGCCGACCUCCUGACCAAUGAACACGAGCGCGUAGUGAAAGCUGCGUCCGGAGCACUGAGAAAUCUGGCUGUAGAUGCUCGCAACAAAGAACUGAUCGGUAAACAUGCUAUUCCGAACUUGGUAAAGAACCUGCCAGGAGGGCAGCAGAGCUCUUCCCAGAAUUUCUCUGAGGACACUGUGGUCUCUCUUUUGAACACCAUCAAUGAGGUUAUUGCUGAGAACCUGGAGGCUGCCAAGAAGCUUCGAGAGACACAGGGUAUUGAGAAGUUGGUGUUGAUCAACAAAUCAGGGAACCGUUCAGAAAAGGAAGUCCGAGCAGCAGCACUUGUAUUACAGACAAUCUGGGGAUAUAAGGAGCUGCGGAAGCCACUGGAAAAAGAAGGAUGGAAGAAAUCAGACUUUCAGGUGAAUCUAAACAAUGCUUCUCGAAGCCAGAGCAGUCAUUCAUAUGAUGACAGCACUCUCCCUCUCAUUGACCGGAACCAGAAAUCAGAUAAGAAACCUGAUCGGGAAGAAAUUCAGAUGAGCAGUAUGGGAUCAAACACAAAAUCAUUAGACAACAACUAUUCCACACUGAACGAGAGAGGGGACCACAACAGAACACUGGAUCGAUCCGGGGAUCUAGGUGAAAUGGAGCCAUUGAAGGGAACACCCCUGAUGCAGAAGAUUUAGCACCACUAUCUCCACUACAGCUGGGCUUAUAAUAUAUGUACUUUUAUUUUUUGGUGGUGAAAUGGACCGAUGAUUUUUCCUUUCUUCGCUGGACUGUUGUGCCAACUGCCAGGCUGCCUCCUGCCCUUAGAGCCCUAAGUGGCCACCUUCUUUCUACCAACUCCUAACUCCUUCCAGUGAAGCUUAAUUGUCCCUCCUCCCCACUCCAGAUCCCCUCCAGUUGCUCCCAAGAAGCCUGACUCAGUUAUAUGCAUAUCUUGAGAAACUGCUGCAAAUUAGCUAUUUUUGCCAGUUCUCCCUGGAACUCUUGGCCUUGUGUGGAGGGAGGGAGAGAGAGGAGCCCUCGCUGGAGGCCGUGGGAAGAAUUGGAAGUUACAUGCUGUCUAUGCAGUGUUCCAGCACUCUGAUAAACUGAUGAUUCUUAAUCAAGAUUUUUCUUUUCUUGGUGGGGAAGGGACUUUUAUUUUUUUGGAGAAUCGGAAGUGUGAACUCUUCCCGUAUGCCUGAUGACUAUUUUUAAAUCCAAGAAGGCUGGCAACAUUGGCACAUUCCACCUGGGCCCUUGAGUAAGUGAAGGUCUCCUAGAACUGAGAUUAAGAAACCUUGCUCUCCUCUUCAGGGCAGGGACCAUUAUGGACCUACAGACUCCAUCUCUUCUCCAAGCCUCAUGCCAACCCUCGGCUGCUGCCACUGCCCUUUACUAAGGCUGUCCUUAAUCUUCCUCUCCCACCCUGUGAUAAUGUCUGCUGACUUGGCCUGGCCAUUUGCAAGAAGCUAUAGAAAGAGGAGAAUGUGUCAAGCAAGACUUUUUGGGUGAGAAGGAGCAGAAAGAUGUCUUCUGGGGAGAAGAACCUCUAGCAGGAGCUAGUAGGAAUGCACAGGAAUCAGUUAGUCUGAAACUGGCAGGAAGCUUUGAAGCUGGCUUCCCCCGCUGCCCUUCUUUCUCCUUUUCCUCCCCUUCUAGUCGCGUCCUCCCCUGCCUCUCCCCUGGAUUGGUUGGCUGACAAAAGGACUUGAUGUACAUACUCCUGCCCCCUUUACCCUUAAAAGGUGGGGGAUCGCCCCUGGAUUUGCCUCUUCUUUGUGCCUUUGGCCUGGGGUGCAUCUCCUCCUUCCCUUCCAUGUGCCUUUCUUUGCCUCUGCAGUCUCAUUUUCAUGAUUUUGCAAAUUACAUUUUGUUGCUUUCUUACCCACCAUUGGCCCUAACUAGCAGAAAGGAGGGAUGACCUGGAGAACCUCAGAUUCUCCGUUGGGAAUUGGUAGAGCCUCUGAUUUCAGCCAUUCAGCUUUGCUUCAUAGUAUAUGGUUGGGAUUUUGCAAAAAUCCGGUUCUGAUGAAUCUCAAAACAUGGGAGGAGUGAGUGGUGCGACUCUUACUCCUCAGUUGCCCGGAAUUUACCGUCAUCUCCCAAGGGGCUGGAGGGAAGUCGCAUCUGUGCCCUCCUUGCCCCCCUCCCCCCCAGCAUCUCCUCCUUUCUGUUUAGUGUUUAUUAGUGGGUUGAGCUAGAGGAAUCAGCUGCUAUGCUGGUUGAUUUUUUUUUUUUUUUUUAAAUCCUUAUUUGCCUUUUACUCCCCCUAAAUCUAAAAGCUCUGUUCAAUGCAACUGGAAAUCUUUAUCCUUCUCUCUCCCCCUUCCCUUAUAUAUUGAGGCUAUGGGGUAGGAGACAAGUGCACAACUCCCCCCCCCUUUCCUUUCCCCUAUGCAUUAAAAUCCCUUAUUUACCUCCCCCUCUCCCCCCCAUUUCUUCCCACUCCUUUUCUGGCAAAAAGGAGCCUUUUCCUCUCUGUGGCCCUGA